AUGCCGGAACUACUUUUCUCAAUCUUGUCCCGCAAUGAAGAAAACGGCGUUCAGUUUUACUACGCAGACUACAAUGUCAUCAAGAGCAUCAAGCCUGAGGACUACGAUUACGAGAGGAAUACAACAAAAAUCAACCUUCCCUUGAUUAUAAAAAAACCCGAAGACAAAUACAGGAACAUCAUUCUUGAUUCCUGUAAGGGUUUAGUUUGUUUUACGAUAGGCCAUGAAGGUCUUGAUGAUCCCGUCUGCAUCUGCAAUCCUGCAACAUCUGAAUACAUCAGCCUCCCAACAAUAAGAAACAAAACUGGCUUCUUAGUCAACGGAUUUGGAUACCUUCCAUCAACUAAGGAAUACAAGGUUGUAAGAAUCUUGUAUCCGGAUAGGUUACAUCACCCUGACUAUGCUACAGCGGGAUGGGUCCAAGUAUAUACCCUUGGCAGUAGUAGUGGAUGGAGAAACAUUGCAGCAAUCACUGAUUCACUAUGGGACAACGGUACUCUUGUGAACGGGGUGCUUUAUUGGAGAGACGACAAGGAUGAAAAUAUUAUAGCCUUUGAUUUGGCAGAUGAAGUGUUCCGUGUGCUCCCACCACUACCGUGUAUCCGUCCUAAGAAUCGUUAUUAUACCCUCCGUAAUUUGGGAGGGUAUCUCAGUUGGACCGAUCAGGUCUGGGAUGAGCGUAUAGAUAUGUGGUUAUUUAAAAAAAAUAAGCAUGAGACAAGGCAAAACAAUGUCGAGCAGAGUGAACAGAAUUAUUACCAUGACUGGAGCUGGAACAAGGAGGUCACCAUAAACCGUGUAGAAGCUACGGGCAACCUUAACUUUUAUUACCCAUUUGACCCAUUUGCUCUUACCAAGAAUAAUGAAGUAUUACUGUGGUAUAGUGAUACAAAUCUUCUUUGCUAUGACCCUGUAACUAGAAGUUUUACCGCGGUCGUCAAGGACAAUACUGAUUUUGGUUUAUUCCAAGGAAUUCCGCACGUGAACAACCACGCUUCGUUGAAGGAUCUUGGAUAG